CUGGAGCUGACUUCCGCAAUCCUGAUUGAAUAAAUCUAGCACCCCUAGUCCUACGCCCACAUUAGAACCACACUUCCCUGCCGAAACCAGCCCAGAGAACAGAUCCCCAUUACCAGGAUGUGGGGGCUCAAAGUUCUCCUGCUGCCCAUGGUAAGCUUUGCUCUGUACCCUGAGGAGAUACUGGACACCCAGUGGGAGCUAUGGAAGAAGACCUACGGGAAGCAGUAUAAUAGCCAGGUGGAUGAAGUAUCUCGGCGUUUAAUUUGGGAAAAAAACUUGAAGUAUAUUUCCAUCCACAACCAGGAGGCCUCUCUUGGUGUCCAUACAUAUGAGUUAGCCAUGAACCACUUGGGGGACAUGACCAGUGAAGAAGUGGUUCAGAAGAUGACAGGAUUGAAAGUACCCCCCUCUAAUUCCCGCAAUAAUGAUACCCUCUAUAUCCCAGACUGGGAGGGCAAAGCCCCAGCCUCCAUCGACUAUAGGAAGAAGGGCUAUGUGACUCCUGUCAAGAACCAGGGACAGUGUGGUUCCUGUUGGGCUUUCAGUUCUGUGGGUGCCCUGGAGGGCCAACUCAAGAAGAAAACUGGAAAACUCUUAAAUCUGAGUCCCCAGAAUCUGGUAGAUUGUGUGUCUGAAAACGAUGGUUGUGGAGGAGGCUAUAUGACCAAUGCCUUUCAGUAUGUGCAGAGGAACCGGGGCAUUGACUCUGAAGAUGCCUACCCAUAUGUGGGGCAGGAUGAAAGUUGCAUGUACAACCCAACAGGCAAGGCAGCUAAAUGCAGAGGCUACAGAGAAAUCCCGGAAGGGAACGAGAAAGCCCUGAAGAGGGCCCUGGCCCGAGUGGGACCCAUCUCUGUGGGUAUUGAUGCAAGCCUAUCCUCUUUCCAGUUUUACAGCAAAGGUGUGUAUUAUGAUGAAAACUGCAAUGGUGAUAAUGUGAACCAUGCUGUUUUGGCAGUGGGAUAUGGAAUGCAGAAAGGAAAGAAACACUGGAUAAUUAAAAACAGCUGGGGAGAAGAAUGGGGAAACAAAGGCUAUAUUCUCAUGGCCCGGAAUAAGAACAACGCCUGUGGCAUUGCCAACCUGGCCAGCUUCCCCAAGAUGUGA